GACGAUUUUGCGCGCGCGUCCUAUUCGGCCCGGUCGGUUCGUUUUUUGGCGCCGCGCAACGGCACCAGUGCAGUGUACGCCAGCGCUCACAGUCACUCGAUCAGUCGACCGGCAAAGUCAUCGGAGGCCGGUUGAACUCCCAUCGAAAGCGCGUGAUAACGCACACACACCACACACACACUCACACACCACACACACACACACACACACACACACACACACACACACACACACACACACACACAACACACACAUACACUUAAACUCAUAUACAAACAUACCGCAUACACUGACACUGACUCAAAUUUACACACACGAACAUGUGAAUACAUGUACACAAACACGCACGACAUACGCGCGCGAACAGAAAUAUUCGCGAACGACGUGAUUAGUGCGCUCGUAAUACGCCGGCGACGUGUUAUACCGGUUUGUGAAAAAUAAUAAUUAUAAUAAUAAUAAAUUUUUUUUAUCGUUUCGCGUGUCCUCUCUGUCGUGUGCCGCCGUGUUACACACGCACUCCAGGCGCCAAAAUGAAUUCAUAUAGCUAAGUGUGUCGAAUUAGGCAAAGUGCAAACGAAAUUGUGUUACGACCAAACUUCCGUCAUAUUUUAUUAGCCGGUACUAAUGGUGUUACGAAAAGGAAUUUCGCAAAGGACGAUAACUACUAACAUACAGCUAUCUCAGACAUGGGAAGCGAGCACUACUGUCUCCGGUGGAACAAUCAUCAGAACAACUUACUGGGCGUAUUCAGUCAACUGCUCCAAGAAGAGUCCCUCGUGGACGUGACGCUCGCCUGUUCGGAAGAAGGCCGCCUGAUCCGCGCUCACAAGGUGGUAUUAUCGGCGUGUAGCGCUUACUUCAAGGCACUGUUCCUAGACCACCCGACUCGACAUCCGAUAGUCGUGCUCAAAGACGUACAGUUCGCAGAGCUUCGUGACCUAGUCGAGUUUAUGUACCGCGGCGAAGUGAACGUGGACCACAGACAGUUGACCACUCUGCUGAAGACGGCUGAGAGCCUAAAGGUCAAAGGGCUGGCUGACAUGGCUCGCCCCAGUGACGGUGACGAAGACACCGUCGGCGACCGCGUCGAGCUUUUGCCCGCCGACCGGGACGACGAGCCCAUGGAACCGGAAGAUCUGCGGCCGUUGAGUCGGUGCCGGACGCCGGUGCCGACCGAGAGCCGUACCCCGUCGCCGCCACCCACCGAAAGCGACGACAACCUGUCCAUGCAGAGCGAGCCCAGCGACAUGACCACCGUCGACAGACACGACCGACCGUCUCCGUCCGGUUCCGGUCUUCCGCCGGUUCAACAAGUUCCUUUGUUCUUGAAGAAAGAAGCUGACUGUGACAAGACUGACGACCGAAGCAUUCAAGGGGAAAGCUCUUCAGAAUAUCGGAGUAUACCAGAUCCGGAAGUUUGUUUGGUGGAAGGAGUGUUCAACACAUUGGCCGCAUACAGGUCGCAAGUUUCCGUUCUACAACAAGGAUUUUCCGCUUUUAGUCGGUUCUCGACUUUGCCACACGUUUACAAUACAGAAUCGUCUGUGUCGCUGUAUUCAGUCCUCCAACAACAAGGGCUGAUCGGGCCGUGCGUCAGUUCCAGCGAUGAGGUGGCCAGCCGGUGUUUGAUCCGGUGUGCCAUCUGCCUAGCGGGUUUCCCGUCCACGUGGCUCCUGGAACAGCACACGGCCCUGCAGCACACCGGCCAACCAGUGCGCGGACACGGAGGUGACGGCGGCGACGAGAAACCGUUCCAGUGCGACCAGUGCGGCCAGAGUUACCGUUACCGUUCGGCCUAUCUCAAGCACCGCGAACAAAACCAUCGGGCUCGUUUGCCCGCCGACAAGCUGUUCACGUGCGACAUAUGCGGUAUGCAAUUCAGGUAUCUCAAAUCGUUCAAAAAGCAUCGGCUCAACCACGCUCUGGAAAGGUUGCAGCGAGACGUACCGUCGGCGAUAACAGCCGCGCACAGUGACGACAGCAGGGACGUGCCGGCCACGCCGACCACCACCAAGUCUUUGGCGUCCGACAGUCAAGUGACCAGCACGAACGAGGUGGUGUCCACGGAUCCGACGCACAUGUCAGCGGUGGCGACAGCGGCAACGCCGGGAACCGGAUCUCAAAAGGUGGUGGCCGGCGGUGACACUGCUAUUUCACCGACGCCGUCAUCGCUGUUCAACAUGCUCCGGACAAACGCUCAACGGACGGCUGCAGUCGCCGCGGCAGCAUCAGGGACUACCACGCCGGCUGCCGCUGCCGUUGCGGUAGCAGCGGCUGCCAUCACAGCGGCCACCGCCAAUAACAACAACGGUGGUAACAUUAACAACAACAACAACAACAAUAACAACAACAACCGAGAUGCCAAGUCGUUCGCAUGUCCGUUCUGCGGCAAAUGCGUCCGAUCGAAGGAGAACCUGAAGCUGCACGUGCGUAAGCACACGGGUGAACGGCCGUUCGCGUGCCUGUUCUGCGGCCGCGCGUUCGGCGGCAAAAGCGACUUGACCCGGCACCUGCGCAUCCACACAGGCGAGCGGCCGUACCAUUGCGAGAUGUGUGGCAAAUGUUUUGCCAGGGCCGACUAUCUGUCCAAACACCUGACCACGCACAUACACAACAGCCAUCAGCGAUAAACCUGAAUGUACUGUGUAAUAAACAUCGCCAUCGUGUAUUAUAUAUACACAUAUAUACGUUGUUUUUAUUAUUAAUUAUUAUUAUGAUU